AUGUCAACUUUAGAAUCGUUGAAGGCAUUACGUCGAGCCACUACCAAAGGUGGUUUUAUAAAGUUUUACAAUAAAGAUGGACUGGAAACUGAGUCAAUCAAGGAAGCCACAAGCGUUCAGUUCGGUAAUAGCAGUGACAACCUAAACGAAAAUGCCCCAAAAUUUGAAUUGGAUGCAGAAACGAACUUCACCAAUGAGGAUAAGUUACAAGAUCUCAGAUCAGUUGUAUUCUGUUGGCUACAAGAAGGAACACCCAAUGUCGAUUAUAAAGAAAAAGCAGCGGAGUUGGGUAUAACCUCAUUCAAGUAUUUGAAUCGUACAGAAUUGGGCACUUGGUUAAAUGGAACUACCGAAACAUGCCAAUUCAUACAAGGACUUGAUACUGAAGCCAAAGCUAAACCAUCUACAAAUUCGGAAGAUAGGGCUGAUGUUAACUCUGCAUUGACUUCGUCGACAAAAAAGCGCAAGCUUGAGGAUCCCCAAUUAGACAGAAUUAGCCAAUUUGAACGAGAAUCCAUCGACCACAAUGCAGCACUUCGAGGCUCCAAAAACAUAGAUUUUGGCUAUUUGAUUUCCGACGCAAAGAGGUUUAUGAAGGAGUUGAAACAAUCAGAUUCAAGAAAAUUGAAGUCGGCAGCUGAUAAGAGAGGACCGGCGGGCGGACCCAAGAAGCAACCAAUCAUCAUUGUGUCGCCUGCAACAACAGCAUUGUUGUCCUUAUCAAAUAUAAAAGAAUUUUUGGAGCAAGGGCGCUAUACUGAACCAGUGCCGACAAAUAGACCCAAAAAUGGUGUGGUGAUACUAAAUCACCCUUCAGAUAGGCUAGUAUCUGCAGCACAAAAGAUUAUGGUCGUGGACAACACUGAUUUAUUUACAAGCCCAGAGUACUGGAACAGGGUUGUGGCAGUGUUCACGACUGGCCAGACAUGGCAAUUUGCCAAAUACGCCAUUUCGAAACCGGAGAAUUUAUUUCAAAAAUAUGCUGGCUUCUAUUUGGGGUACAAUGGAGAAGUCACGCCGCCUCAAAUAAGAGAUUGGAAUGUACGUGAAAUCAAGGUGGAUCGUGGUGAUAAAAGGUUUAAAGAUAAAGUGAUUGUUAAGGAUUUCUGGCUCGAAAUUGAAAAAAUUUUAAUCAACAAAGGAUACGGAAGAUUGUGA